AUGGCAGCAGCCGCUCGCCACAGCAAUUCGACGCCUCCUGAAUCAUUCCCCUUCCUGAAAAAGCGGUAUCGGAACGUCUUCCAAGCUAUGAAAUUUCUUUGUUCCUACUUCAUAACGUUCCUUCUUCAAGACCGGGACUGGAAACAAUUUUCCACCGCUUCUUCCUCCAAAUCUCCCGUGCCGUGA